GUUCCACAACUGUCAAAACGACCGCGAUCCAUUUCAUCGGCUACGCUUCUCUGGAGCAGAGAAGAUAAGGUUCCUAUUUUCGCUUGCGAGGAGCAGCCAUGGUCGAAGCUUCAAGGAUUUUCCACUCUGCUCUAGUUCCCAACUUCUGUCUUCUCCAAAAGGCCCACACAACCAAGCCCUACACAGCCGCCUGUCGUAGGCACUCGAUUCAUUGCUCCGUCUCGACCAGUGACAGUGCCAGAGUAGCAGUGACCGAGCAGAUUCCAUGGGGAUGCGACAUCGAUUCGUUGGAGAACGCUUCUGCUCUGCAGAAAUGGCUGUCGGAUUCGGGCCUCCCUCCCCAGAAGAUGGCCAUACAGAGAGUGGAUGUUGGGGAGAGAGGGCUUGUGGCUUCGAAGAAUGUCAGGAAAGGGGAGAAAUUACUCUUCGUGCCGCCCUCCCUUGUCAUCUCCGCGGACUCGGAGUGGAGCUGCCCUGAGGCUGGGCAGGUGCUAAAACGUAAUUCAGUACCAGAUUGGCCACUGAUUGCUACCUACUUGAUAAGCGAAGCAAGUCUAUUGAAAUCAUCAAGAUGGAACAACUAUAUAUCAGCCUUACCUCGGCAACCUUAUUCGCUUUUGUACUGGACACGUGAAGAGCUAGAUCGGUAUCUGGAAGCAUCAGAGAUCAGAGAAAGGGCGAUAGAAAGGAUCACAAAUGUUGUUGGAACAUACAAUGAUUUAAGGGUCAGAAUAUUCUCUAAACAUCCUGAAUUAUUUCCUGAAGAGGUAUUCAAUAUAGAAACUUUUAAGUGGUCAUUUGGGAUCCUUUUCUCUCGACUGGUUCGAUUACCCUCGAUGGCUGGAAAGGUUGCAUUGGUUCCCUGGGCAGAUAUGCUGAAUCAUAACUGUGAGGUGGAGACUUUCUUGGAUUAUGAUAAAGCAUCCCAAGGUGUUGUCUUUACAACAGAUCGAGCAUACCAACCAGGUGAGCAGGUGUUCAUUUCAUAUGGCAAGAAAUCUAAUGGAGAGCUGUUGUUGUCAUAUGGCUUUGUUCCAAGGGAGGGAAGCAAUCCUAGUGAUUCUGUUGAAUUGUUACUGUCACUAAAAAAAUCUGAUAAAUGUUACAAGGAGAAGCUGGAAACACUGAAAAAGCAUGGAUUAAGAGCAUCUCAGUGUUUUCCUAUUCAAGUCACUGGUUGGACUUUAGAAUUGAAGGCAUUUGCUUACUUAGCUGUCAGUCCACCAAGUAUGAGCAAUCAAUUUGAAGAGAUGGCUGCUGCAGCAUCAAACAAAUCAACAGCAAAGAAGGAUUUAAAUUACCCCGAUAUAGAGGAGGAAGCACUGCAGUUCAUAUUGGAUAGCUGUGAAACAAGCAUAUCAAAAUAUAACAAAUUCUUGCAGGCAAGCGGAUCCAUGGAUUUGGAUGUGACAUCGCCAAAACAACUGAACCGUAGAGUAUUUUUGAAACAGCUAGCAGUAGACUUGUGCACUAGUGAACGAAGGAUACUUUUCCGAAGCCAAUAUAUACUGAGAAGAAGAUUGAGAGACUUAAGAAGUGGUGAAUUGAGAGCUCUGAGACUGUUCAGAGGGUUUGGAAAACUUUUUAAAUGAUUGGUUUCGGUAUAAAGCUCUCUCGACUGUAGAAUGAACCGUGACGAUGUAGAACGAGCAUGCUUGUCAUUGAAGUAACUCAUGCUGAGCUUUCCCCACCAUUGUUUCCAGCUUGAGAAUUAAAGUGGCCAACCUAUAUAGCAUCAAAGGUUCAAAAAUGACCACCAUGUUUAGGAUGUUCAACAAAGUGAAAUAGGCAAAAGAUCUUCAUUUUGUAAGUUCUAUAUCUUGUUGGAUUAAUCUCGAGUAUCGUUGUCGAAUUUAUGUGAUAAGAUGGAUUUGAGAAGCGAGUAGCUUUCGAUUCAACGAAGUAUUGAUUUCAUUUCGAUGUAUGGUUGCAUUGUGAUGUUAUUGUAGCUGUUUUCUUCUAUGGUUGGGAAUGUAUAACAUAUUUUCAUAACUUCUCAGCUGGAGAACAACUCAUAGUUGAUGGAUCUUUCCUCAUGCCA